AGCGUGAAUGCACACCGAUUAGUUUUACGUGCUUGUAUAUUUUGAUUUCCCCGUCAAUUUCUAAAGCAAGCAGAUGUCUUGAGAAGAUUUCUGAGCAACAUUGGCUCACAAAUAGCAAGAAAGAGACCAAUUUUCAUGGAUCCAUCAGAUGCUUUCACCUACGUCAUCAUCAGCGUCGUCGUCCUCCUCCUCCUGCCGCCGCCGUGUUCAUCCGACGACCGGCUUGUCCCCGGUAAGCCGCUAACCUCUGAUGCCACCGUCGUCUCCGACGGCGGCGCCUUCGCCAUGGGCUUCUUCUCCCCCUCCAACUCCACCCCGGCCAAGCUCUACCUCGGCAUAUGGUACAACGACAUCCCUGUGCGCACCGUGGUCUGGGUCGCCAACCAAGAAACCCCGGUCACAAAUGGCACGGCCCUGUCCCUGACCGACUCCUCCGACCUCGUCGUGUCCGACGCCGACGGCCGCGUCCGCUGGACGGCCAACGUCACCGGUGGCGCCGCCGGCGCCGGCAACGGCAACACGACCGCGGUGCUGAUGAACACCGGUAACCUCGUCGUCCGGUCGCCGAACGGCACCGCCCUGUGGCAGAGCUUCGAGCACCCGACCGACUCGUUCCUGCCCGGGAUGAAGCUGCGGAUGAUGUACACGACGCGCGCCUCCGACCGGCUGGUGUCGUGGAGGGGCCCCGGCGACCCGUCGCCGGGGAGCUUCUCGUACGGCGGCGACACGGACACGCUCCUGCAGGUGUUCAUGUGGAACGGGACGCGGCCGGUGAUGAGGGACGGGCCGUGGACGGGCGACGUGGUGGACGGCCAGUACCAGACGAACAGCACCGCCAUCAACUACCUCGCCAUCCUCAGCCGCGACGACGAGGUCUCCAUCGAGUUCGCCGUCCCCGCCGGCGCGCCGCACACCAGGUACGCGCUCACCUACGCCGGCGAGUACCAGCUCCAGCGGUGGAGCGCCGCCUCGUCGGCGUGGUCGGUGCUCCAGGAGUGGCCCACCGGGUGCGGCCGCUACGGCCACUGCGGCGCCAACGGCUACUGCGACAACACGGCGGCGCCUGUCCCGACGUGCAGGUGCCUCGCCGGCUUCGAGCCGGCGGCGAGCGGCGGUUGCCGGCGGGCGGUGGCGGUGCGGUGCGGCGACGGCUUCUUGGCCGUGGCCGGGAUGAAGCCGCCGGACAAGUUCGUGCACGUGGCGAACGUGGCGACGCUCGAGGCGUGCGCCGCGGAGUGCAGCGGCAACUGCUCGUGCCUGGCGUACGCGUACGCCAACCUGAGCAGCAGCAGGUCCAGGGGCGACACGACGAGGUGCUUGGUGUGGUCAGGGGACCUGAUCGACACGGCCAAAGUUGGCCUCGGGAGCGGCCACAGCGACACGCUCUACCUCAGGAUUGCAGGCCUUGAUACGGGUGGAACGGCGAAGAGCGACGCAGUCAAGAUUGUGCUGCCAGUUUUAGCUUGUAUUUUGACUGUUCUAUGCAUUUCCUUUGCAUGGUUAAAAAUCAAAGGCAAGAGAAGAAAUAGGCAGAAGCACAGAGAGCUAAUUUUGGAUGUCAUGAGUACAUCCGAUGAUGUUGGGAAAAGAAACCUUGUCCAGGAUUUUGAAUUCCUAUUUGUAAAAUUUGAGGACAUUGCUCUAGCAACUCACAACUUUUCAGAAGCAUAUAAGAUUGGGGAGGGAGGUUUUGGCAAAGUUUACAAGGCAAUGAUAGGUGGUAAAGAAGUUGCUGUUAAAAGAUUAAGUAAAGAUUCUCAGCAAGGAACCGAGGAAUUCAGGAAUGAAGUUAUUCUUAUCGCAAAAUUGCAGCAUAGAAAUUUGGUUCGCCUUCUUGGUUGUUGUGUUGAGAGAGAUGAAAAACUGCUAAUUUAUGAGUAUUUGCCUAACAAAGGCUUAGAUGCUACCCUUUUUGAUGGCUCGAGAAAACCAAAACUAGAUUGGACAAUGCGGUUUAAUAUAAUCAAAGGAGUAGCUAGGGGACUUCUUUAUCUGCACCAAGAUUCAAGAUUAACCAUAAUUCAUAGAGAUCUCAAAGCCAGCAACGUUUUAAUGGAUGCAGAGAUGAGACCCAAGAUAGCAGAUUUUGGUAUGGCAAGGAUCUUUUGUGAUAAUCAACAAAAUGCAAAUACCCGGCGUGUUGUUGGAACAUAUGGUUACAUGGCUCCUGAAUAUGCAAUGGAAGGUAUCUUCUCUACUAAAUCCGACGUCUACAGCUUUGGCGUGUUACUAUUGGAAGUUAUAACCGGUAUUAGGAGAAGUUCCACAAGUAACAUCAUGGACUUUCCAAACCUCAUAAUCUAUGCGUGGAACAUGUGGAAGGAAGAGAAAACCAAGGAUUUGGCGGACUCAUCAAUUAUUGGUAGUUGCUUACUUGAUGAGGUUUUGCUUUGCAUCCAUGUAGCACUAUUGUGUGUUCAAGACAACCCAAAUGACAGGCCACUUAUGUCAUCUACUGUGUUCAUUCUGGAGAAUGGGAGUAGUUCUGCACUUCCAGCCCCAAGUCGCCCCGCCUACUUUGCAUACAGAAGUGAUGAAUCGGAGCAAUCAAGAGAAAAUAUUCAGAACUCAAUGAAUACUUUUACCCUAACAAAUAUAGAGGGGCGGUAACUUGAGAUGUAAUUACCAUUGUCCAAAGAAAAAUAUCUACGGACUACUUUUGCAUGAUGGAAGUCAAUUUGUUGCUCA